AUGGAAUCUGCUAUUUCAACAUUACCCCAAGUGCAGGGGCAGCAGCAAGGAGAUAUAGGGAGCAGCCAAGCAGCAGCAGCAGCAGCAGCAACAGCAGCAAGCAGUUCGUCUUCGUCGUCAGGGUCUAUAGGCCCAUUCUUUGCGGUUAUCUCAGUUCUCACGGUUCUUGCAAUAGUUUCUUGCGUUGUGGGAAGGAUUUGUAUCCGACGUCGGACGGCCGUGCCGGUGACACCAUUGGAUACUAUCAAGGAUGGAGGGUGCUUGGGAUGGUUGAAACGAAAGUGUCGACAUUGCAUGGCUGGUGAGAUGGAGGUUGGAGCCAAGGUCAUGUCUUUUGGUGACGAUAAAAAUAACAAUGCCCAUCGACCUCAAGAAAUAGAGGAUUUGACAACUUAUCAUCGGGAGCUUUUGUUUAUGUCACCCGGCAAAGCUUUCAAUAGGAUGCAAGGUGGGUGA